GCGUCUGUGCAGCCCACUGAGUGAGUAAACGGGCGUGGCACAUCCCAUACCCCAGGAAGGAGUUACACUGGGGUAUAGGAUGUAAGCAUCUCGUAAUGUGUGUGUGUGUGUGUGUGUGUGUGUGUGUGUUUGUGUGUGUGUGCUUGCGCGCCCUCUCUUGGGCUCAGUGUGGAACUGCGAGGAACUCCGCGGUUCCUCCUGCGCUCUCGCGGUGCUGCGGUCAGCUUUCCUUCUCCAUCGGAAUGAUUCUACGCCAGAGGGGCGACUCUCUCUCUCUCUCUCUCUCUCUCUCUCUCUCUCUCUCUCUCUCUCUCUCUCUCUCUCUCACUCUCCUCCUGCAUCCUUCUCUCUCCUUCCUCAGCGGCUGGAUGUCAUGCCGCCGGAUCUUGCAGCUCUUUCCUCUGCAGCCUGUGAUGUAGGAUCAUUACAGGAGUCCAUUUAAAAGGCGUUUAAAGCAAAUGGGCAGAGUCUGACUCCAGCCUCGUCUCUGGUCUGAUUCUGUACAUCAGUGAAGUGAUCCUCAGGAGCAACAAUGGCUUCCUGCACAUCUCACACUGACACCAUACAACUGUAGAAUGCAUUCUCUGCUGAAGACAAUGUUGUUAGUGCUGGUGGCGUCGGUGGUGCUGCUGAUGGCUGUGAUGCACUCAUGGCCCACUCGAGCCUACAGCACUGUGGACCUACGGCAGAGACCCGGCUCAGGAGUGGAGCGUCUGCUGGAGGAAAGGCUCCCUGACCCGGACCUGAGCACCGGCUCCAUCCCGUAUCAUGUGAAGGAUAACGUUGCAGGUCUCCUGGCUCGUAACGGCUGUGUGUGUGAGGGUGAGAGGGCUGCUGUGAAUUUACCUUUUGCCAAGCUGCUGUUCCCACGAGUGUCUGCCCAAACGCUUCACACGGCCUUCCAACCUUCUCAGCUCGACGAAAUGAAGAGACGCCGCGCCAAAGAGUACCAGGGCUUCCAAAUGAGGUCACAGACUCCUGCUGAUUUUCUGAUCGUAGCCGAAGCUAACAGCCCUCUUCAGUAUCCGACGCAGGGUGUGGAGGUGCGGCCACUCAAGACCAUCCUCAUACCAGGUUUGGCCUUCAGAGACCUUCCAAGAGACAUUUACACUCUGAAUUUCUCUGCAUCUCUUGGGACAUUUAAUGUGGCCGCAGAGGUGGAGGGGGUGAAGGUCAGAGGUGAGGGUGAGAUGCACAUGACCCUGAGCAGCUUCCUGUUACCCAACCUGAACCGCCAGCUACAGUUCAUCACCUACACAAACACACUGUUCCACCCCAGUACUGCUGAUACAGUGCAGUUAGAGACAGAGGGGCAUCAGGCUCUUUUCACCAUCAAAAUCCGCCACGGCGUGACGCCCAAACUCUACAACACAGGCUCUAACGGGGAUAAAGAAUACAACAUCAGCUCUCUUGUGACCAUCGCCACCAAAACCUUCCUGCGCUAUAACAAGCUACAAGACCUGAUUGACAGUAUACGGCUCUACUACCCCACUGUUACCAUAGUGAUAGCUGACGACAGCGAAAACCCCAGGGUGGUGUCCGGCCCGUACAUUGAGCAUUACAUCAUGCCCUUCGGAAAGGGUUGGUUUGCAGGUCGUAAUCUGGCCGUGUCCCAAGUCACCACUAAGUACGUUCUGUGGGUGGACGAUGAUUUCAUCUUCACUGCCAAUACCAAGCUGGAGAAACUGGUGGAUGUUCUGGAGAAAACCACGCUGGACCUGGUGGGUGGUGCUGUGCGUGAAGCUACAGGAUACACCUCCACCUACAGGCAGACCAUCUCUAUCGAAUCUGGAGAGGAGGAUGGAGACUGUCUCCACAUGAGACGAGGUUUCCAUCACAUCAUCCAGGGUUUCCCCAACUGUGUGGUCACUGAUGGAGUCAUCAACUUUUUUCUGGCUCGGACAGACAAGGUGCGACAGGUGGGCUUCGACCCCCGGCUGGCCCGCGUCGCCCACCUCGAAUUUUUCAUAGAUGGCUUGGGUUCGCUCCAUGUUGGCUCGUGUGAUGAUGUCAUUGUGAACCACGCCACCAAAAUCAAGCUUCCAUGGGGCCAAUCAGAGAGCGACAAAGCCUACGCCAAGUUCCGCUACCCUCCGGCCUCUUCAGACGCCACGCGUACAAAAAAUGGCCUCUUGUACUUUAAAAACCGCUUCCAGUGUCUGACACACAACUGAACGCCCACCUCACCGUCCCGUCUAUCCCUCGUUCUGUCUUCCUCUUCCACAAGACUUCUCUUUAUUCGUCAGUAGCUGACGAGAGUCUUUGAGGAGACUCGGGGUCACGUGGUGUCGGCUACGUCGUCACUUCCCUCAUUUCAGUGUGGGAAAGAAAAUAAUUAGUCUCCUCCUUUUAGAGGGGCCAUGACAUCAUUCACGUCUGACUGACAGCUGAGAGAUAACGGUCACAAGUUUGUUUGUUUUUGUUUGUUUGUAUGAUCAGUGGUCUGAUUUAUUUGGAUUUUUAUUUGAGAAGCUUUAGAUACAGACACAUUUCUAAGCUUCUACGUCUCAAGUGAUUCUCGUUGUUUCUCUUCUGUCAGUCACAGUUACAGAUCAUUCUGCUGGGUGUUUUUAAGGGAAUUUUUGAAGUGAAUUUCCUUCACGAUGACUGAUAGAAAAAAAUGUCUUUAUUUCAAACCGAAACACGAUAAAAUUAAAAAUGUGGAUGAUGGACGAAUUUUUACCCUUAAACGCUUAAGCUAUUAAAGGUGCCGUCUGUGAUUGACGGGAAGCCCCGCCCUAAAACAACACACAAAAAACAUAAAUACUAGGGUAGGGUAGAAUGCAAAUACAGUAGGCGGAGCUUUGUGACAGGUGAGUAAAGACGCCUACUUGUCCUGAUUGGCUGAUGUUUGUGGUCCAUCGUGUGUUUACAGUCUGAGGAGAAACCAAACAUUACUACUUUCACAAUAGUGUGUGUGUGUGUGUGUGUGUGUGUGUACUUGAGUUUUCUCUCAAUGUUUGCACUAAAACAUAAAGAUACACUGGUGAGAUUACGGCUCAAGUUAAUUCAGGAAGAAAUAAAAACCCCUGAGACUUUCUCCACCUGAGGACUGUGUGGCUCAGGAACUGAUCCUUCAUCACAUACUGUAUCUCCUCAUUAUUUACAUUACUGAUGUACUGAGACGUACCGGAACCGCUGGAGCUAAAGUGUGAUUGGUUUAAUGUCAUUCUGAGAUGUCUGUAAAAGAUCAUUAGAUGAGAAUGACCAGAUCGAAACAGACACCAGAUAUCUGGGGGUUUUAUAAACACUGCCUUGCUGUUCAGAUUAGAUGAUUUUUUUUCUUAUCUUAGCAACGCUUGAUAAAUGUGAUGGCUGUGGAAACACGACUUGCAGCAAAGCCGCUAAAUGAGAUCAGAUUACUGAGAGACUCGUGUAGAGAUUCCAUAAGUGCAUGUAAACAUUUUGCAGUUGUUUUGCACGUGACGUCCACAUGCCAUGUCUGAAAAACAUUACACACAGACAAAAGGUCACCAGGUCACAUCUCAGGUUUAAACCAUGUGUUAAUGAAGGAGUGUGUGAGCCCUAUUUGGAUGUGAUUAGUUUGUCCUAAAUAUCUCUUUUUCUUUUCCAUAGUCAUGUGACCUACUAAUGAAUCAAGUGUUCUCUAAAACAAGAGCUCGUAAUAAAGGACAAAAGAGUUUAAGUGCAUGUCAGUAGCAUGAGUAGCUCCUGAAGCCCGUUUCUGUGGUUUAUAAAGAGAUUUGUAUGAAUGUGUCACUUAUAAUAGAGCAAAAGAACUGCAUACCUCCUACAGCCACGUUCCUGAACACACACACGUCCUAAAUAUUAAAAAAUAAAACUAAUCCAAUCUAAACAGAUUUUGGUUGAUGGAAGUUUGAGCUGUAAAAAAGUAAACAGUAAACAUAGUGACCAAGUGACGUUUAUCUCACAGACUCAGGAGUUGAAAUGUACAGCGGCAUCUGUCAGUGAUCAGACAGAACAGUGAUCAGACAGAACAGAGAUCAGACAGAACAGUGAUCAGACAGAAAGGUGAUCAGACAGCUGUGAUCAGACAGAACAGUGAUCAGACAGAACAGUGAUCAGACAGAACAGAGAUCAGACAGAACAGUGAUCAGACAGAAAGGUGAUCAGACAGCUGUGAUCAGACAGAACAG